AUGGAACAAAACAACAGAGCUCGUACCACCGUGUACAUCGACGUCGAAGAAUUCCAACCGACCUCGCAGCAGCCACAGCCUUACCUGCAGUCUCCGAUGAAUGCCUCCAACAGUGGCCCAGGUACCUCGUUUCAUUCCGCCGCUUUUCCCACGUCCAACUGGCCCAAACCCCCGGCUCCCGGCUAUAUUGCGGCGACCACGGCCGCCCUUUACUUGUCAUCCUCUCCCUACAGCCCUGCAUCGCCCGAAUGGUUGCCCGCAUCUCCGGCGCAUGCUCCUAGUUCUCCGGCAUACACCCCUGGGUCACCAAGAUGGGAGCCUACCUCUCCGACCUACAACCCUCAAUCUCCCGAAUGGUGGAUGCCUCGAGAUACAUCUCCGGCAAACUACUACCCUACAUCCCCUGGACCCGUCCCGCCGUCUCCGCCAUACGUCCCUCGAUCUCCUGAGUGGGCGCCUACAUCGCCCCCUCCGGCAACCCUCGGUCCCACAUCCCCUCCGCCAGUACCCCAAUCUCCGGCAUAUACCCCUAGAUCUCCUGAGUCAGUUUCCAGAAGUACAUCUCCCGCAAACUUCUAUCCCACAUCGCCUGGGCCUGUCCCCCCGUCUCCGCCAUACGUCCCUCGAUCUCCGGAGCGGGCGCCUACAUCUCCACCCCCUGUUCCGUUGUCGCCCUCGUCCCCGUGCAGCACCGGUCUCUUCGAUGAGCUUGAGCGCGAGCUCGACGGUUGGUGGGGCCGGGGCCGCUUCGUCUACAACCGGGCGAGGUCGAUUGUCCCAGAGGAAGAAGAAGGGCAGCGCGGUGAGCGCGAGACGUCAACGGAGCCCUUUCCGGAGCUUCCGGACUGGGAGGAGGAGAACACAGGGAGGGAAGCGGAAGCAGAGGAAGAUGCCCAGGUGCAGGAGCCCACUGCUGUCGUCCCGGAGGAGGAUCUUCUUGACUACGAGUACUACGAGCAACUCGACCGGGAGGAGAAAGGAGAUACAGAGAAGGAUGCAGAUCAAGAUGUUGGCGCUCAGCAACCUGCCGCUGCCAUCCCGGAGGAGGACAGCAGUCAACCCUUCAACAUCUUUACAUUCACGGAGCCUGAAUUGUCCGAGGAUCUCCCGGAUAACGAGUAUUACGAGGAACUCGACCAUGAGACAGAAGCAGAGGCUCUCAUGCAGCUUGAGACACAGAAAUCGGUGGACAAUCCCUACCCUGCCAUCGCCGCUCUCAACUGCGCGCCUCAGCCCAAUCCGUACCCAUGCUGCCCCUCCUCGCCCGAACUUGAUAUGGUCCACGACGACAAAGAAGAGCACGCCGACUGGCUCUCUUCCGCCUCCUUCCGCAAUUCCUCAGCCAUCAACAAACCCGUUUACCGAGGCUCCCAAAAGCCGAUUGGCCGCGUCAAGGUCGAGAAGAGAAUUGACAGAAUGAUGUGGAACAAGCUGAUGCGGAAGAAGAUCGGGCAUAUGAUUGAGGUCUGCGAGAAGUACGCUCCCGCGGAUGUGCUGAAGGAGUUGAAGCUGGAUCGCCGACAAACAUAGAGAUGUGUGAUGGAGGAGAUGGAGAAUGGUG